CAACUACAACAAGGUCGACCGGUGCUGAAAGGUUUAUAAAGCGGGCGCAGCCAGAGAGUGGCUCAGUGGAGCAAGAAACAGCGUACCAGCAUGAGGACCUUGAUACUAAUGUGCGUGGUGGCGGCGGCCUGCGCUCAAUACGAAAAAGGUCACGUCAAGAUCCUUCAAGAUAAGAGGUACCAGGACGGUGCAACCUUCGGCAACUUCCGUGACCAGGAGGACGGCAUCAAAUAUUUCGAAGAGACGGACGCCCAGGGUAUCCGUCGAGGAUACUGGGAAUACCCAUCUGAGGGUACCCAGCCUCAUCGCGUAGAGUUCGAAGCUGGUCCAGGCAUUGGCUUCAGAAUCCUCAACUCCAACAUCCACGCACCUACUACCCAAGUCCAGCCUCAGCCCCAAUUCCAGCCCCAGCCCCAGUCAGCCCCUCACCCAAUUCAGCCCCAGCCAGGUCCUCACCCAGCCCAGCCCCGGCCAGGUCCUCGCCCAGCCCAGCCCCAGCCCCAAUUCCAGCCCCUCCCUGUCCACCAUAUAACAUCCUCCACACCCCAGCCUGGACCCCAGAACCUCUUCGACUACCCUGGAAACCUCGAGUUCUCCCGAAGCAGCCAGGGCCACCGCUUCAAGUUCACCGCUACUUAAAUCAAUCUUUUACGUCACCCAUUAUGCUCUUUUAAUUUCUCUCUCCGGUUUAGUAUCUUCCCCGCCUCUCACUGAUACCUCUCUUGAUAUCUUUCACUCUAUUGUAAAAAUCGAUACAGGUUAUUUCAGCCGAAAUAUUUCGCUUUUCAUUUUUUUUAUUAUCUUCGCCUCGUUCCACGUCUAAAGAUUAAGUCAAUGGUAACGAAACACUUUUUUCAUAAUUAGUCUCAAUCUCUAACUCUUUCAGCCGUGAAUUCUCUCUUUUAUCUUCUAAGUUCUUGUUCUCCUACACCUUCGCUCAAAUUUCUCCUGGUUCCUUGAGUAUUUUCCCCUCCAUUCUACCAACUCUUCCUCUCCUCCUUUCUCGCGUUUCUUAAUACCAACACUCAACAUUUCACCUUCCCUCCUUCAUUCUCCGUUUCUGUGCCUCCCUGCUUGAAGCGCCGUGUCCGCCCGCCACCACGACCAGUACUCCUAUAACAAAAGUGGAAGGAAGAUCUACGCCCCGUCGAAGUCUUCCCUCCCUCCCCAGGUCCUCUGCUCCACUUGAGACUCCUCCUCAGCUGACGUGAAAUUGUGGCUACGUCUACAGAUCGCCCCUGACAUCGUAGUCGUCUCAGGACCGAUGUGCUGAGUGAUCUAGUGAUAUCUAGUCCAUCAGAACACAAUAUCCAUUUAACAUUCUGAUUCACCGUGUUGAAGAGCUUUCAUGAUUCACAGACAAUUUUACGUUGUUAUGUUACGAUGCAAAAGUCGAAAAUUUGACAAAAAAAAAUUCUUUCCUCAACAGGGUAAAGUUCAUUCUUGUUUAAGGUAAUUAUGGAGAUCAGUAUCGAGGUCGAUUUUAACCCAUUACUUGGCGUGUCUUUACAACAAACGUCCCACAAGAAAAGUUCUCAUUCCGUUCCAUUUUACAACUGUCUUCAACUUUUGACUUCCCAAUUUCCAUUCUUGGUGAAAACAGGAAAAGCGAACCAUCCAAACCUAACAAUCUUGGAAUGUAUUUCAAUUAUGUUUGGUCAAGUAGGCCAGAAUAAGUCUUGUUUGUUAUAAAAUGAAGUGGCAUGAUACAGCAGCCACCAUUACGGUAAUGGACCUCGACUCUGACCUUCAUAACGAGCUACCCGACUCCGGUUUGGUUCACACCCUCGACAGAAUUCUGAGAUUGGACGAAGUGCGUCGCUAAGUCUCCUGACGGCGACCUCUUCCCUUCUUCUUCACGUCUCGCCUACCCGAUAUCGGAUACAUGGGCAUUGUUAGUCUGUACUUCCAUUACAAAGAAAAACCCUCAUGAUAAUUAUUACCCAUAGUUUCAUGAGUAAAUGUCACAUAACAGUUCCCACAGAAAAUGAUACAUAAAAAUAUAGUACGUGUAGUUCGUACCAAAACACAAGGGGUAAGUAAAAUCAUAAAAAAUAUAAAAGUAAUAGUAAAGGUAUGUAAGUAUUUUGAUAAUUAUUAUUUGAUGAUAUUGUUAAAUGAUUACCACUUUCAGAUGAAAUUCAAUAUGGAAAUUAUCUUAUGUAAAUCUGUCAAACUCAGCCUUUAUCAACAUAAUCACCAAUAUGUUGCCUGUCUCAAAAUUAACUCUUGAUAUAUUUAUCAAAAAAAAAAAUAGCCUAAUCAUACCAGUUAAUGAAACCCCAACAAAAACAUUUGAGAGAAAAUAUAAACAUUACAAAAACAAAAAUAAUUUUAGAUGAAAUGUUAUCAAAAACCUUAAAAAGUUGGCUCUUCAAUUUGUAACCUUCUUGAGUUCAUUAAACAUUCAGAUAAUUCAGUUUGCGAAGUAUAAAGUCACAAUUCAUCAGUGUAAAACGUCUUAGGUUAAAUGCUUGAGUUCUCAUUGUUAUUCAUCUUUCUCAAGUUAAUUUCAUAAUGUCUGUGAAACAAUGUCUAACUGAAUAACAUGUGACACACUGACAUGUGAGUUAGCCCCUCAGGUGUCCCCAAUUAACGGUGCCACAUUGCUGUCAUGCCCGGAGUCUCCAUAUGUUGAUUUUCUGAUGCAUUGCAAAAGUAGUUCAACGGCAGAGUUACUGACGUUCUCUCAAGCAAUCAUUGGAAUUAUGUGUGUGUGUAUAUUUUUGUAUAAAGAAAUGUGCCCAAUAAAUUAUUAAAAGGAA